CUUAGGGUCUUGCUCGGGACAGUUGGGCACUCCCUUCGCUACUGGAGGGGAACAGGAUAUUAUUGAUGUGCUUCAUGACAUGGAAGACAGGAACCUGAAGGAAUAAUAUUGUGUUCAAUAGAUGUUAAUAUUUUAUUAGAAGUUGAUUCUGGUAAAAUCGGACUAACGCAUCCCAUUGCACCCUCCAUUAUCCAUCCAUCAUGAGUUCCCGGGUUGUGAACAGGAAAGGAGGGCUGCGGUACUGCCACCACUUCCUCACAGACAACAGCAUCUUUCAUGUGGAGCGAUGUAUGAGUGCCAUGCAGUCGGGGACCCAGAUGGUGAAGUUGAAGGCUGGUUCCAAGGGGCUGGUGAGACUGUUCUACCUGGACGAACAUCGCUCAUGCAUCCGAUGGAGACCCUCACGCAAGAGCGAGAAGGCCAAGAUCACUAUUGAUUCGCUGUACAAGGUGACGGAGGGCCGUCAGUCAGACAUCUUCCACCGCCAUGCGGAGAACAGUUUCGACCCGGCCUGCUGUUUCACCGUUUAUCAUGGCAACCACAUGGAGUCCCUGGACCUGGUGACCUCUAACACUGAGGAGGCUCGGACCUGGGUGACAGGACUACAAUAUCUGAUGGCUGGCAUCAGUGACGAGGACUCACUGGCCAAACGACAACGGACACAUGACCAGUGGAUGAAGCAGACGUUUGAGGAGGCUGAUAAGAACGGAGAUGGUCUGUUGAACAUGGAGGAGAUCUACCAGCUACUGCACAAGAUGAACGUCAACCUGCCCCGCAGGAAGGUCAAACACAUGUUCCAGGAAGCGGACUCGGAUGACCAACAGGGCACGUUGACAUUUGAGGAGUUCAGUGUGUUUUACAAGAUGAUGUCUCUGCGGCGGGACCUGUAUCUGCUGCUCAUGGGAUACAGCGACAGGAAGGACCACCUGACUGCCGACGAGCUGGCCAACUUCCUGCUCAACGAACAGAAGAUGGUGAAUGUGACUACAGAGUACUGUCUGGAUGUCAUUGAAAAGUUUGAGCUGUCUGAAGAGAACAAACAGAAAGGCAUUCUGGGAAUUGAGGGUUUCACCAGUUUCAUGCGCAGCCCCACGUGUGAUGUGUUUAACCCUGAACACCACGAGGUGAACCAGGACAUGGAUCAGCCUCUGAGUAGCUACUACAUCUCCUCAUCUCAUAACACCUACCUGACGGGAGACCAGCUGCUGUCUCACUCCAAGACAGACAUGUACGCCUGGGUACUACAGGCUGGCUGCCGCUGUGUGGAGGUGGACUGUUGGGAUGGUCCUGAUGGAGAGCCCAUGGUUCAGCAUGGUUACACUCUGACCUCCAAGAUCACCUUCAAGUCUGUCAUAGAGACCAUCGAAAAAUACGCCUUCAUCAGCAACCAGUACCCAGUGAUCCUGUCCAUAGAGAACCAUUGUAGCAUCCAACAACAGAAGAAGAUAGCCCAGCACCUCAGAGAGAUCCUGGGAGACAAGCUGGACCUGGGAGAGGCCCUCCGCAGAGACUCUAUACAGCUACCCAGCCCCCACUCUCUACAGGGGAAGAUACUCAUCAAGGGGAAGCGCCUCCCUCCCUACCUGUCUGUGGAUGUUGAGGAGGGGGAGGUGUCAGAUGAUGACGACAGUGCUGAUGAGAUUGACGACAACUUUAAACUGAAGAACAGCAAUAGUAAUGGUAACCACCAAGUGGAAAGUUACAUCAGGAAGAAGUUGGACUCUCUGUUGAAGGAGUCUCAGAUUGGAGACAAGGAGGACACAGACAGCUCCAGCAUCAGAGCCCUGCUCAGAGCCACACACGUGGGCCUGCAGAAGAACGUACCGAAUCCCAAAGAGGGACUUAAAAAAUCCCAAAGUCGAUCAUUCAUCAGCAACAUCAAGCAAAAGAGACACUCUAAAUCCAGGCUGAAGUCCCAGAGUACUGAUGGAGAGGAGGAAGGACAGGAGACCUCUGGGAAAGAGGCGGGAGGACAGAUCACCAGGGGAGGGAGGAACAGGAAGACGAUGAAGUUGAGUAGAGAUCUGUCAGACCUGGUUGUUUUCACUAACUCUGUGGCCUCUCAGGAGGGACUGGACGACAGUACUCCGGGGAAUGUUCUGUCGUUCAGUGAGACUCGUGCCCAGCAGCUAGUGAACCACAGAGCUGAGCGCUUCCUGUGUUUCAACCAGCGACAGCUGUCUAGAAUCUAUCCCUCAGCCUACCGUAUAGACUCGUCCAACUUCAACCCUCAGCUCUACUGGAAUGUGGGCUGUCAGCUGGUGGCUCUGAACUACCAGACAGAGGGUCGGAUGAUGCAGCUGAACAGAGCCAAGUUCAUGGUGAACGGUGACUGUGGCUACGCCCUCAAACCUCCACCCAUGUGUAAAGGCUCGUUCAACCCGUUCAGUGACGACCCCCUCCCUGCCUACCCCAAGAAACAGCUGGUGUUGAAGAUCAUCAGUGGACAGCAGCUUCCCAAACCACCAGACUCUAUGUUGGGGGACCGAGGAGAGAUCAUUGACCCGUUUGUAGAGGUGGAGAUCAUCGGCCUGCCAGUGGACUGCUGCAAGGAGCAGACUCGAGUAGUGGACGACAACGGUUUUAACCCCGUGUGGGAGGAGAACCUGUCCUUUACCCUCCACAUGGCGGAGGUGGCUCUGGUGCGUUUCCUUGUCUGGGACCAUGACCCCAUCGGACGAGACUUUGUGGGCCAGAGGACUGUGGCCUUCAGUAGCCUGAUGCCAGGUUAUAGACAUGUGUACUUGGAGGGGUUGACUGAGGCGUCAAUCUUUAUCCACGUAUCAGUUCAUGACAUCUAUGGGAAGUGGAAUCCACUAGUCCUGAACCCCAGCUUUACCAUAAUGCACUUUCUAGGAGCCCACAAGGGUCGUCAGCUGCGAGGCAUCAGGGGCUUAUUUAACAGGCCCUCUAAGUCGUCAGUAGACACCAGCUGUAGUUCGGCCCUCAGGAAACGCUCCAUCAGUGACCACCUCCUCCGACGCACCGCCAGCGCCCCCGCCAACCGUCGCAAGAAAACCAAGAUGAAGCUUGCUGAGUCCUCCACCUCCAUAUCGGACCGCAAGGCCUCCAUAUCAGACGGCAAGGACAGAGUGUGGGCCGGGGCAGGGGCUGGGGGGGAGGGGUCCCAGAACAGGGAAAGGGACAGGGAGGGGGUAAUGGUGGAGAGACGCCCAACACCCCUCACCCACAGGCCCAUCUCCAUGCCCCUGGAGAGGCUACUGCAGGGACAGCUCUCCCUCUGCUCCCCCGACCAGGAGCAGACUGACCUGGGUGCAGACACACUCAUCGGAAUGUCCCCCUUUAACCAGCCCAGGUCCCACUCUGUGGAACUCAUCGUCGAAUCAUCCGCCUCCCUUGAGCACAAAGUGUUCACCCCUUCCAUCAAUCACAACAACGCACAGGAUAACACCACAGAGUCUGACCAAUCAGAUGAGACCUCCUACCUGGUCAUUGGCCGAGGAGGAGGAACUGUAGAUGGUGACUCCAAAGACCAAUCACAAGACAGAGUCAACCCACCCAGCAAAGCUGAGGACGUUUCUUCUCGCCAAAGGACAUUGUGUCACCUCAGCAGCUCAACAGAGACAGAGAGCAACUGUUUACACGUACCAAGUGAGAGCAGACCAGAGACAACAUUACUUAGUACAACAAACACAGCAACUUCCUCCUCUCCUUCCUCUGAGCUCCCCAUCUCCCUACUGAAUGUGGACCGGUCCGAUCUGCAGAGCCCCGUCCCCUUACAGGACAGCAUCAUCUCACAUCUCAUUGACGCCGUAUCCCUCAGCAACGAUACCACCUACGGGUCUAUUUCCGCUCUGAUUGGUCAGUUUGACCUCACCGGCGACCAGAAUGAUUUCACAAUGAACUCUGACCCCCACACCCUCAGUGUCAUGUCCUGUCUGUCCGAUCCUGCUGUCUGGGACUCCAGCACACCUUAUAAGGUUACCAUAGACUAUACCACCCGAUAUAAAGACCCACACACCAUCUCCUCCCCCCGCAAGGCAAUGAACGGACCUAUCACUCCUCGAAAAGCAAGCCAGACCCCUAACCACGCGAACCAGAAUCUACUCUCACCCCACCCCAAAACCUCCCACACAGACCCCAAUGCCCCUCUUCUCUUCUCCAGUCCUGAGACCACGGAGCUGGAGGAGGUCUAUACCAUCCUGGAUGAGGAGGUCUUGUCUCCAGUCUCUGUCUACAACCUGAAGAAGCAGACCAUCGGCAACAUCCAGGCUGACUCUGAGGAGAGCACACCCAUGGGAAGCCUGGAGCCUUCCCCAGCCAAGGUGCCUCCUCUCCUGGGGGUAGAAGGCAAUGGCAGCUGGGUGGGCUCACGGAGGGGUGUGGUGGAGGAGAAAGGAGAGGGCUACGGGGGUGAAUGUGAUCCUAAAAGGUUGGGGUCAGUGGGAGAGUGGGGGUUGUCGUGGGGUUACACGUGCCCGUCCAACAAUAGUACAGUGUCUGACCAAUUCCUGUUGUGCCAUGACACGGAAGGAAGUAGUCUGAUGGAGGUGGAAAUUAACGUGGACGAGGAUCCACUGGAGAUGACCCUGACAUUACCGGGACACAACCAUACCUGGGUCGCUACCAGCCCAACCAAAUGCUACGCUGCUCCUCAACUCCAGCUCUCCCAAUGUUCUUCACCCGUCAAACAGCCCUCACACCAGCCCUCCCCUCGCCAAGCCCCAUUGACAACCCCUCAAACUCAGCCCUCCCCCUGCAAAGGGCCCCCCAACCCCAGCCCCCUCCUCCUGAACAGCCAUCCUUCCACUCAUAGCAGACACAUUACCAGAGCCUUCACCCAGCAGCACAGUUACAGUGGUCCCACCCAGCCCCAGAACAGGAGGUACCAGGGUGGGACAGGGGAAGUACAGGGUCAGGGAGAAGCAUCAGCCUGCUUCCAGAAUGGGUUCUCCUCCUCAGAGUGUCUGUCUGUUCUUUCUGGUCCAAGGUCUGUUAGCCUCCCCAGAGACAGAGGCCUGUACUCCCGCAGCUCAGACUAUAGUGUGGACUCCAGUCAGCGAGACUACGACUGCUUCAGACACUCCACUGCCUCGGCCUCCCACUACACCCAGCCCCAACCCCAUCCCAAAACAGACACCCAGCUCCAACCCCUGACCCAAACCCAACCCCAAUCAGACACCCAGCCCAAGCCACAAACCCAGCUCCAACCCCAAUCUGGUCGCCCAUCACUGCCCCUUUUGGGCUCCACCCUCACCCCUCCUCUACCUAUCCUCAGACCAUCCACAGCCCCCAGCCCCUGCAAGUCCAAGUCUCUGGGUGACCUGACAUCUGAGGACAUCUCCUGCAACUUCCACAGCAAGUACAACAUCAUCAGCCGCAGCUUUAUCACCCCCUGUAUGAAGGAGCGGAGGAGGAUGAGGGGCCUGGGAGGUCUGUCCCAACGGCUGCAGUCUGCAGACCCCCUCACUGAGCAGUUACGCAAACUAGUCACCCUAGAGGGGGAUGACAGAGACGGGGACAGACCCCAGUCACCCCAGCUUACCCAGUUACCUCAGUUACAGAUACCCCCCAAACCCUUCAUACCCCCAUCUUGCCCCUCCUUAAACUUUGUCCCUGACACCCAGGAGGACUCCCCGCCCCUCCUCUCUCGCCGUCUCUCCUCUCGGAGCCAGAGCCGUGUGCGUCACAUCAACAAUCGUGCUCGAGAGAGGCAGCGGGAGGCUCUAAAGCCCCGGGACAUGAGCGCCCCCUCCAGCGUGGGAGGGCUAGUGCUGUGUUCUAAAGUAGCAGCAUGUCAGAACCCCCCAGCUAACAGACACUCCACAGGCUCUUACAUAGCGGGCUACCUGGACCAGCUGGAGGAAAGGGGGCUGCCUGAGGGGGGGUGCACCACACUGGGGUACGGAUACGGAGAUCAUUAUCAUGAUGACUCUCUGCUGCCCACAGACUCCUGUAUACAAUCAGAACCGGAGGUCUACUUCCUGCUCAGACUCUGAACCCACUUCCUGGUUAUCACCUACAUAGAAUGAUGUAUAAUGUACUUCCAAAACGCAGCAAUCAGCUUCCUGCUUAGGACCGAGGAAAAAAAACAUAUAUCAUGGUUGGGCUGUCCAAUAAUACUUUCAGAUAUAAAGUCAAGUACCUGAUUGGGUCUGACAGUCUGGUCUGUAAAUGUAAAUAUGUUUUUUAUUCUUCUUCAUGUCCUGAUCAGAAUGUUCUUUAAAUGUAGUUUGAACAGACUGUUAAACUACUUCCUACUUUGAUUGUACCCAUUUCCUGUCCUGUCUGUUCUUGUAAUUCUACUUCCUGUUCAAGCUAACGCCAUCUACUAUAAAGCAGAAAAUAAGGAAACUUUACAAAUGUGUUUAACUCUGAAGGGAAGUGUUGUCUUGGUCUUUGUACAUUUUAAAUGUGUAUUGGUAUUAUCAGAGGCCCACAGACAUCAAUGCAAUGUCUAUUCCACGUUAGUUCAACAUUAAAAUGACGUGGAGACAAUGUUGAUUCAACCGGUGUGUGCCCAGUGUGGGGACCACUUUUAAGGGAUGGGAUCUGUUGCAUCUUCCUCAAGUGUUCCUUCUCCUCUGAUUGUCCUCUGUGUGCUGGUGUUGUUGGUACAUAUUCUGCUGUAGAUUUGUUUUUAAUUUAAGGUGUUGUCAUUUAGUUGUUCUGUUUUCUGCAUGUUAAAUGUCCAGCAUGACUAUGCAUCGAUCAGUAGACAUCACAGUGCACUACUAUCUUUUCACAGAAUAAGUAAUAGUGGGAUUGGAUGAAAUACUCAGACUUCUUGCUUGCUCUGACUUCUCACUUUCUAAUAUUUUAAACAUUUUCACAUAUUUGAAACUUUUUGAGUUUACAUGCUUGAUUUUUUUUUUUUACAAUUCAUUUAAUACAGACUGCAAAAAAAAGGGUGAAAAUUGGGAGCUGGUUAUUAAAAAAACGAGAUGUUUACAAGAACUGAAACACACAGUGGAAUAGGUAGAUAAGGGUGUUUCGACUAGACCAAGUUGCAUGUUUUUAUUCUUCUUUUCAGUGUUAAACCCAUCCUUUUUUCUUUGUAUGGUCACUCGGAAACAUUACUGUGAGCAUUUUCCUACUGAUGUAAUAAAAUUCAUAAAAAAUGUGA